AUGUUUACUUUCCCCGGAACUGCGCGAAUCCACUGGCAUGGGAACGCCUCUCCCUGGAAUUCACAUGAAUUCACAUGGAAGUGGAGUUCACCACCUGUUUGUAGUGGAUUUCAUGGUUUUCCAAGGGGCCAUGCCAUCCACUUCCAUGUUAGUUCCAGGGAGUGUAUUUUUUCUUUUCUGCUUCCUGGACAGCAAAUCCAACAGGAUCAGUUUUCCUCCGCCUCAUGGUGUCCUGCUGGGGCGCAUGUGGUGCCACCACCCUGGAGGGAAGAACGGAAGGAAGGCUGGACGCGCUUCGUGUGCUUCAGCGACACGCACAACUUACAUGGGAUGAUUCCCCAGGAGCACAUGCCACCUGGUGAUGUGCUGCUGCACGCGGGAGACUUCACAGACUCCGGUGAACUGGAGCAAGUGGAGUCCUUCAACCAAUGGCUGGAACGAUAUCCCGCAGAGGUGAAAGUGGUCAUUGCCGGAAACCACGACGUGACCUUUGAUGAGGACUACUACUUGGCCCGUGGCGCUCGGCGAUUCCACAAGGGAAAGCCGUACGAUUGCAGCAAGGCCAGGGGCUUGCUGAAGUCCUGCACCUAUCUGGAAGACUCUUCGAUCGAAGUGCGGGGGUAUAAGAUUUUUGGCUCUCCAUGGCAGCCUGACUUCUUCGAUUGGGCCUUCAAUCGUCCCAGGGGACAUGAGCUGAGGAAGAAAUGGGAGGCCAUUCCCGAGGACACGGAUAUCCUUUUGGUGCAUGGGCCGCCUGCGGGGCAUGUGGACAUGACCUCGCACGAAGGGCACGCAGGAUGCGAAGAGCUCCUGGCAGCAGUCCAGGCACGAGCCAUCGCGGCGGUGGUGGCGGGGCACCUCCAUACGGGCUAUGGCACUUCCGCUGACGAGGUCACGCUCUUCGUGAACGCCUCCACCUGCACAUCCGAUUACAACCCCACCCGACCGCCCAUUGUCUUCGAUCUGCCCCCCAGCCAUGAGCUACGAGCUGCCACAAAUGCGGCGGCACGUGCGCGGGGAGGAUCGUAG